AUGCCUCUGAGUGGAUUCAUACCGCAUUCGGACCCAUUACUAAGUUCCCUCUCCUCCGCACUCCUAACCUCCUCCCUAGGCCCAGAGUACUUCGGACACCAUUUUUCCGAAGUAAAGAUUAUGUACAGUCUUCGGUAUGGUUCAGGUAUAGCGAUGGUAGAGUGGCUGAAUUGUGGUUUAGGCUUUAACAGCAGUAUAAGGCGCUUUGCCAAACAGUUCGUAGAACAGGAAACUCUGGGCCUAGGAGAGAUUUAG